CGCGGGAGGCGGCACAAGCUAAUGAGGGACAAAUGUCCGCCGCGCGUGACCUUGACGACGCGCUAUAAAGCGGGCCGCCUCUCGGCUCGCCCUUAUUUCCCAGGCCAGUUCAGCGGACGCCUCUUUGCAUUUCCUAGGAACGCCACGCGUGGGCCCGGCUGUCGGCAAGGUGGAAACAUGUCCCGUUUUGACAUGAAAGAGUUCGGCGAAGCGGCGCCCUUUUUACGCAAGUCGGAAUUGGAGCAACUGACGGUGCAAACUGUCGCUUUUGACGGUAAGAAGCGAGCGUGGAUCCCCGAUGAGAGAGAGGCGUACGUGGAGAUCGAGAUCAAGGAGCUGAGUGGGGACAAAGUGGUGGUUCAGACCAAAAGUGGCAAGACUCUGACCGUGAAGGACAGCGACAUCCAGCAGAUGAACCCGCCCAAGUACGACAUGAUCGAAGACAUGGCCAUGUUGACGCAUCUCAACGAAGCCUCGGUGCUCUAUAACAUGCGCCGACGCUACUCGGCCUGGAUGAUCUACACCUACUCGGGGCUCUUCUGCGUGACGGUGAAUCCCUACAAAUGGCUGCCGGUGUACACGGCCCCCGUGGUCGCCGCCUACAAGGGCAAACGCCGCUCGGAGGCGCCCCCGCACAUCUACUCCAUCGCAGACAACGCCUACAAUGACAUGCUGCGCAAUCGGGAGAACCAGUCCAUGCUUAUCACCGGAGAAUCCGGUGCUGGCAAAACUGUCAACACGAAACGUGUCAUUCAGUAUUUUGCCAUUGUGGCAGCUCUUGGGGAAGCCUCUGCUAAGAAAGCACAAGGUCCCGCCACCAAGACCGGGGGGACUCUGGAGGAUCAGAUCAUCGAGGCCAACCCCGCCAUGGAGGCCUUCGGCAACGCCAAAACAUUGAGGAACGACAACUCGUCCCGCUUUGGAAAGUUCAUCAGGAUCCACUUUGGCCCAUCCGGCAAACUUGCUUCCGCUGACGUCGAUAUCUAUCUUCUGGAAAAAUCCCGAGUGAUAUUCCAGCAGCCGGGCGAAAGGAGCUACCACAUUUACUACCAGAUCAUGUCGCAGAAGAAACCCGAACUCUUAGACAUGCUGCUGGUGUCGUCCAACCCGUACGACUACCACUUCUGCUCUCAGGGGGUGACCACGGUGGAGAACCUGGACGACGGACAGGAGCUGAUGGCCACCGAUCGCGCCAUGGACAUCCUCGGCUUCCUGCCGGAAGAGAAGUACGGCUGCUAUAAAAUAGUGGGCGCCAUCAUGCACUUUGGCAACAUGAAGUUCAAGCAAAGGCAGCGCGAGGAGCAGGCCGAGGCGGACGGCACUGAAAGUGCGGACAAGGCCUCGUACCUGAUGGGGGUCAGCUCAGCUGACCUCAUCAAAGGCCUCCUCCACCCGAGGGUGAAAGUGGGGAACGAGUACGUGGUCAAGGGACAGAAUGUGGAACAGGUGAACUACGCCGUGGGCGCGCUGGCCAAAGCCACGUACGACCGCAUGUUCAAGUGGCUGGUGGGACGGAUUAACCGCACCCUCUACACCUCGCUGCCCCGCCAGUUCUUCAUCGGCGUGCUGGACAUCGCUGGCUUUGAGAUCUUUGAACUCAACAGCUUCGAGCAGCUGUGCAUCAACUUCACCAACGAGAAACUGCAACAGUUUUUCAACCACCACAUGUUCAUCCUGGAGCAGGAGGAGUACAAGCGUGAGGGCAUCGAGUGGACCUUCAUCGACUUUGGCCUGGACCUUCAAGCGUGCAUCGAUCUCAUCGAGAAGCCUCUGGGCAUCAUGUCCAUCCUGGAAGAGGAGUGCAUGUUCCCCAAGGCCACGGACAACAGCUUUAAAGCCAAGUUGUUUGACAACCACCUGGCCAAGUCGCCCAAUUUCCAAAAGCCGCGCCCGGACAAGAAGCGCAAGUACGAAGCCCACUUUGAGCUGGGCCAUUAUGCCGGAGUGGUGCCCUACAAUAUAUUCGGCUGGCUGGACAAAAACAAAGACCCGCUGAACGAGACGGUGGUGAGCGUGUUCAAGAAGUCGGCAAACAAGCUGCUGGCUUCGCUCUACGAGAACUACGUCGGCUCCGACUCAGAUGUGAAGACUGGCGGCAAAGAGAAGAGGAAGAAGGCGGCCUCCUUCCAGACGGUGUCUCAGCUGCACAAGGAAAAUCUGAACAAGCUGAUGACAAACCUGCGCAGCACGCAGCCUCACUUUGUGCGCUGCAUCAUCCCCAACGAGACCAAGACUCCCGGCAUCAUGGACCCCUUUCUGGUGCUGCACCAGCUUCGCUGCAACGGCGUUCUGGAGGGCAUUCGAAUCUGCAGAAAGGGCUUCCCCAAUCGCAUCCUCUACGGCGAGUUCAAGCAGCGCUACCGUAUCCUCAACCCACAAGCCAUCCCCGAUGACAAGUUUGUGGACAGCAGGAAAGGUGCCGAGAAGCUGCUGGCCUCCUUGGAAGUCGACCAUAACCAAUAUCGAUUCGGACACACCAAGGUGUUCUUCAAGGCGGGCCUGCUGGGCCAUCUGGAGGAAAUGAGGGAUGAGCGCUUGGCCAAAAUUCUCACCAUGCUGCAGGCAGUCGCUCGAGGCAAAAUCAUGAGGAUGUAUCUGCAGCUGAUGAACCAACGCAGGGAGGCCCUGAUGAUCAUCCAGUGGAACAUCCGCGCUUUCAACACGGUCAAGCACUGGCCUUGGAUGAAGCUCUUCUUCAAGAUCAAGCCCCUGCUGAAGAGCGCCGCCACCGAGAAGGAGCUGGCCAAUCUCAAGGAGGAGAUGGUGCAACUCAAGGAGGCCUUGGACAAAUCCGACGUCAAGCGGAAAGAACUGGAGGAGCGGCAGGUCAGCCUGAUCCAAGAGAAGAACGACCUCUCGCUGCAGCUGCAGGCGGAGCAAGACAACCUCGCCGACGCCGAGGACCGCUGCGACCUGCUGAUCAAAACAAAGAUCCAGCUGGAGGCCAAAGUCAAGGAGCUGAUGGAGAGGCUGGAGGACGAGGAGGAGACCAACGUCAAUCUGAUGGCCAAGAAGCGCAAGCUGGAGGACGAGUGCGCCGAGCUGAAGAAAGACAUCGACGACCUGGAGCUGACCUUGGCCAAAGUGGAGAAGGAGAAGCACGCCCUUGAGAACAAGGUGAAGAACCUCGUUGAGGAAAUGGCAGUUUUGGAUGAAACCAUCAUGAAGCUGACCAAAGAGAAGAAGGCUCUCCAAGAGGCCCACCAGCAGACGCUGGAUGACCUUCAGGUGGAAGAGGACAAGGUCAACUCUCUGACCAAAGCCAAAAGCAAGCUGGAGCAACAAGUCGACGAUCUGGAGGGCUCCCUGGAACAAGAGAAGAAGCUGCGUCUGGAUCUGGAACGGGCCAAGCGAAAACUGGAGGGAGAUCUCAAACUUUCUUUGGAAUCCGUCAUGGAUCUGGAGAACGACAAGCAGCAGACGGAAGAGCGGCUGAAAAAGAAAGACUUUGAAAUGAACGAGAUGAGCUCGCGAAUCGACGACGAGCAGUUGUUGGUCAGCCAGCUCCAGAAGAAAAUCAAGGAGCUGCUGGCGCGCACGGAGGAGCUGGAGGAGGAGCUGGAGGCGGACCGAGCCUGCCGGGCCAAAGUGGAGAAGCAGCGCGGCGACGCGGCCCGCGAGCUGGAGGAGCUGAGCGAGCGCCUGGAGGAGGCCGGCGGGGCCACCUCGGUCCAGAUCGAGAUCAACAAAAAGAGGGAAGCCGACUUCCUGAAGCUGCGGCGGGACCUGGAGGAAGCCAUCCUGCACAACGAGGCCACCACCGCCGCCCUGAGGAAGAAGCAAGCCGACACCGUGGCCGAGCUGAGCGAGCAGAUCGACAGCCUGCAGCGCGUCAAGCAGAAGCUGGAGAAAGAGCGCAGCGAGGCCAAGAUGGAGGCCGACGACCUGGCCUCCACCGUGGAGCAGCUCUCCAAGGGCAAGGCUUCCGUGGAGAAGAUGUGCCGUCUCUACGAAGAUCAACUGAGCGAGGCCAAAGCCAAAGUGGAGGAGCUUCAGAGGCAGCUCAACGACAGCACCGCCCACAAGGCCCGGGCUCAGGCUGAGAGUGCCGAGCUGGGCAGGAAGCUGGAGGAGCGCGAGUCCACCGUCUCCCAACUCCAACGCGCCAAGACCUCCUACGGCCAAAACGUGGAGGAUCUCAAGAAGCAGCUGGAGGAGGAGACCAAGGCCAAGAACGCCUUGGCGCACGCCCUCCAGUCAUCUCGCCACGACUGCGACCUCCUAAGAGAGCAGUACGACGAGGACCAGGAGGCCAAGGCCGAGAUGCAGAGAGCCUUGUCCAAGGCCAACGCCGAGGUGGCGCAGUGGAGGACCAAGUAUGAAAGCGACGCCAUCCAGAGGACUGAAGAACUGGAGGAAGCCAAGAAAAAGCUGGUGACGCGUCUGCAGGAGGCCGAGGAGACCAUGGAGGCCUCCAACGCCAAGUGCUCCUCUCUGGAGAAGACCAAGCAUCGGCUCCAGACGGAGAUUGAAGACCUGAUGAUCGACUUGGAGCGUUCCAACGCCGCGGCCGCCGCCUUGGACAAGAAGCAGCGCAAUUUCGACAGGGUGCUGGCCGAGUGGAAGCAGAAGUAUGAGGAGUGCCAGAGCGAGCUGGAAGCUUCUCAGAAAGAGUCUCGCAGCCUGAGCACGGAGCUCUUCAAACUGAAGAACUCCUACGAGGAGACUUUGGAUCAUCUGGAGACCACCAAACGAGAGAACAAGAACCUGCAAGAGGAGAUCGCCGACCUGGCCGAUCAAAUCAGCCAGGGGGCCAAGAGCAUCCAGGAACUGGAAAAGAUCAAGAAGGCUCUGGACAUGGAGAAAAGUGAGAUCCAAGCUGCCCUGGAAGAAGCCGAGGGCGCGCUGGAGCACGAAGAAAGCAAAACCUUGAGGAUCCAACUGGAGUUGAAUCAGAUCAAAGCCGACAUUGACCGCAAGUUGGCGGAGAAGGACGAAGAACUCGACAGCCUGCGCCGUAACCAUCAGCGAGCGCUGGAGUCCUUGCAGGCCACCCUGGAUGCGGAGGCCAGGUCUCGCAGCGAGGCGGUGCGCCUGAGGAAAAAGAUGGAAGGAGACCUGAAUGAGAUGGAGGUGCAGCUCAACCACGCCAACAGGCAGGCCUCCGAAUCCCAGAAACUGCUGAGAACCGUGCAGGUUCAGCUUAAGGACGUCCAAAUGGAGCUGGACGACACCGUCCACAAGAACGAGGAGCUGAGGGAGCAGGUGGCCAUGACCGAGCGGCGCAACAACCUGCUGGUCGCCGAGGUGGAGGAGCUCAGGGUUCUCCUGGAGCAGAACGACCGGGCCCGCAAGCUGGCCGAGAACGAGCUGCUGGAUGCCAGCGAGAGAGUCAACCUGCUGCACUCGCAGAACACGGGGCUGAUCAACCAAAAGAAAAAGCUGGAGAGUGACCUCUGCGUGCUGUCGGGCGAGGUGGAGGACGCCGUGCAGGAGUGCCGCAAUGCGGAGGAGAAGGCCAAGAAGGCCAUCACCGACGCGGCCAUGAUGGCGGAGGAGCUGAAGAAGGAGCAAGACACCAGCGCCCAUCUGGAGAGGAUGAAGAGGAACAUGGACCAGACCGUCAAAGACCUCCAGAUGCGUCUGGACGAGGCCGAGCAGAUCGCCCUCAAGGGCGGCAAGAAGCAGGUCCAGAAGCUGGAGGCCAGGGUGAAAGAACUUGAAAGUGAACUGGAGUCGGAGCAAAAGAAGAGCCAAGAUCAACAGAAGACGGUGCGCAAAUACGAGAGACGAGUCAAAGAGCUCUCCUACCAGGUCGAGGAGGACAAGAAGAGCCUCGUCCGCCUGCAGGACCUCAUUGACAAACUGCAGAUGAAAGUCAAGAGUUACAAGAGAGUGGCCGAGGAAGCGGAGGAGCAAGCCAACACCAACUUGUCCAAGUACAGGAAGCUGCAGCACGAGCUGGACGAUGCCGAGGAAAGGGCCGACGUGGCCGAAACGCAAGUCAACAAGUUACGCGUCCGCACCCGCGACCAAGGUGGAAAGCUUCCCGAGUGAUGACGGGGCCGCGUGUGGGCGUCACCCGGACAGACGGCUGCAACAGCUCGGAUGGACGGCGCGCAAGCAAACAAAUUAAGACUUGAGAAAAAUGGCAAUGUCAAUCGCUCAGAAGCCCACAAUAAAUGCCUACAGAAGA